GUUUGGAGUUAAAACCCUGUCAUGGCCGCCGUGUGACGCAGAUGUUAUCGUUCGGAGAAGUUCGCUGUUGGCGCUGAUCGGAUCGGUUUAAGUUGGCUGGAAAGCUGGAGAGGAAAAAGAGAAUUGCAUCAAAUCAAAUGCCUUCAGAGGCUCAGUCUCAGGAGCCUCGGGACAGAGGACCAGCCCCUCCCGUCACCCGGGCUGGACGCAGCGCUCAGCUAGCCAAGGCCGCUGCUACAAGCCCCGCACUUGAAAAGCGUCCUCGCGGGCGUCCUCGGAAGGAUGGGAGCAGUGGCCGAUCUGCGCCUCCCACCCCUCCGCCUCCGCCUCCUCCUCCGGCUCCCAAAUCAAGGAAGAAGGGGCGGAGUCGGGGUCGAGCCCAGAUGGAGGAUGAAGAAAGCAUGGACGCCACGGAGAAGAACCCCCCACAGAAAACAGAGGAGAGGGAGAAUAAAGAGGAGAAAGAGAAAAUAGAAGAGAAGGAGAAGACAACAGGACGCCGUCGAUCUACAACGAGGAGAAAAUCCAAUACAAACCCUGAACCCAACGAGCCCCCCCUCAGUCCAGAUCCAGACCCAGACCCUGACCCUGACCCAGACCCUGACCCUGACCCUGACGCCCCUGGUCUAGAACCAGCUCCCAGUGCAGAGAUUGAGAAAUCCGGUCCUUCCCCUGCCCCGCCCUCAGCCCCUAGCCCCACACCUGCCCCCAGUCCAGGGGAGGACCCUCGUGUCAGUCCACUACACCCCUCUCCAUCACAGUCCCCAGACCACAGCCCCGCCUCCAGCCCUGCCCUCGGCCCUAGACCGGUCUCCGAUCCUGCACUGGAGGACCGACCCAGCCUGAGCCACAGCCCCGCCCCCAUGGAAGUGGACUGCAGUCCCAGCCCUGUUGCUUUGGAGACAGAACAGGGCAGGGCAAGUCCCAUGGAGCAAAGCCUCAUCUUGAGUCCAUGCUCAGGUCCUCUGAUCUCCCCGUGUCCCCAACUGGAGGACGAGGACGUGCUGUCCCCUCUUCUCCAGAGAUGUCUGACGGAGGACUCGGGGGCGUCGCCCACCGCCAGCCUGGGACAGACCGAAGAACGUCUGAAGCAGUGUGCCUUCUGUUACCUCGGCAUUGACCCUCCUCUGGGUCAGGGUCGCCUGGUCGUGUUCGGCCCGACACCGGGCUACAUCCCACUCCACAUCCUCAACAACCGCGCCACCCCAGACAGAGACAACGACUGCCAUGAUCACUGCUACCACGGCAACCAGGCCCCUACGAGCUCCAGUCCAGAUCAGUGUGAAGGGUCGGAGUCCUGUGAGUUUUUGGAGCAGCUUGGACCCAUCGGCCUCCCACAUGACAUCAGUGUCCAAUCACUGUUUGACCCCACAGGUCAGUUCUGUGCUCACCUGCAGUGUGCUGCUUGGUCAGAGGGGGUGUGUCAAGGCGAGGGCCAAUCGCUGCUCUACGUUGACAAAGCCAUCGACGUCGGAAGCACACAGGCGUGUGCCUUCUGUCGACGGCUUGGAGCGUCGCUGCGUUGCCGGGAGAUGAGCUGUGGAAGGAGCUACCACUUCCCUUGUGCUGCUGCUGCUGGAGCGUAUCAGGAUUGGAGCCAGAGACACACGCUGUGUGCACGACACUUUCACAUAGGGUCCUCUCAGUGCGUGUUGUGCUCCGGCUGUGAGGAUGUCACCGGUCUGUUAAUGUGUUGUUGCUGUGGAAACUGUUACCACGGCAGCUGUUUGGACCCCCCUCUGACCCCCUCCCCCCUGUGCCGAGCCGGCUGGCAGUGUCCUCAGUGUCGAGUGUGUCAGGGCUGCAGGCUACGAGGAGACGAUGUUGUGUUGCUGGUGUGUGAACGCUGUGAUAAAGCGUACCACACACACUGCCUCACACCCCCCCUGGAUCACACGCCAGGCAGUGGCUGGAGCUGCAGGAACUGCAGAAUCUGCCGCCGCUGUGGUGUGAGGUCGUCAGGCCAGUGGGCCAAUCACCCAUUUCUGUGCGCGUUAUGUGACCCGGCCCUGCCCUGCCUUCUCUGUGACCACGCUCCUGAUCUCUACGCACCACAGGACUAUCUAACAUGUAUCUGCUGCUAUAGGUGUGUCCACACGGCGUGUAUUGUCCAGGCGGGGGAGGGCAGGGCAGGGUCUGAAGAUUACAUCUGCUCCACCUGCAGACCUCAGGAGGAAGAACCAAUCCCAUACAGUCCUCCCCUGGCCUUGCAAAGUCCCACUGAGGCACCGACCACUAGCAUUUUACAACCACCAAAUCCAAAUCACACAGAAGCUCCACCCAUCUCAUGUACCGCUCGCAGCCCGGUCCAGCUCACCUGUUCUGAGCUGCCACAAAGUCCUGCCAAGACUUUCAGUGAACCAGUGCAUCCAAGUCCUGUGCCAUCUCAACCAGAUUCACCACAGCCCCCGCUUAGUCCUGAGCCAUCUCAUCCUGAUCCCAAAGAGGCCCACCAAAGUCCUGCACUUAGCCCCAAUCGAACGGAGAGUUCUGCAGAGUCUUUAGCUGAUCAAACAGAGCUUCCAGAGAGUUCUGAACCAUCUCUUCCUGAUCUGGCAGAACUCCAGGAAAGUCCUGUGCAAUCCCAUUUAGAAAGUCCUACACAACCCUGCCCACAAAGUCCUGCACAGUCUCAACAUGAACAUACUGAGCUCCAACAAAGUCCUGUGCUAUCGCAUCCUGAACAUAAAGAGCUCACAGAAGAUCCUAGAUCAUCUCAACCUGAUCACACAGAGCUCCCACAGGAUCCUAGAUUAUCGUACCCCGAUUCUAUUGAGCGCCUGCCUAGUCCUGCACCAUCUCACUCUGAUCCCAUUGAGCGCCAGCCUAGUCCUGCACCAUCUCACUCUGAUCCCAUUGAGCACCAACCUAGUCCUGCACCAUCUCACCCUGAUCCCACAGAACUCAAGCAAAGUCCUGCUCCAUCCAUCUCAGAGCCCCAGCAAAUUCCAUCACCAACUCAUUCUCAUCGAAAAGAGCUGCAGCUAAGCCAACCCCCGUCUUCUCCCCAUCAGACAGAACUUGAGACAUGUCCUUCACCAUCUCCUCUGGAGUCUCCUGAAAUCCAACAAAGCCCUGGUUUGCCUCACCUGGAUCCAUCAGAGCUCCAAAAAAGUCCUCCCCAGGCUCACCUUGACCCCUCUGAGCCCCCCAAAAGUCCUUCCCAAUCUCAACUGGAACCUUCAGAACUUCAGAGAAGUCCUGCCCAAUCUCACCCGGAUCCCUCAGAACUCCAACAAAGCCCCCCUCAGUCUCAUCUGGAUCCCUCAGAAUGCCAACUUAGUCCUGCCCAGUCUCACCAGGAACCUGUAGAACUCCAGCAGAGUCCUGCCCAGUCUCACCCAGAUCCUUCAGAACUCACUCAAAGUCCACCCCAAUCUUACCAGUCCCCUUCAGAGCUCCAUCAGAGUCCUGCCCAGUGUCACCCAGAGCUCCAGGAGAGUCCUGGGACCUCUUUCUCUGAUCCAACAGAAUCCCCGCAAAGUCCUGUCCAGUCCAACCCUGACCAAGCAGGACACCAGGAAAGUCCUGUAGUAUCUCACCCUGGCCAAAUUGAUCCACCACAAAGCCCAGCACCAUCUCAUCUGGACUCCCCAGGGCUCCAAGAAACCACUGGGCUACUUGACCCAGGUGCUGAAGAAGAACAGGAAAGCCACAUCCCGUCUCACCUUUGUCCAGCAGAGCUUCCACAAAGCCCCAUGCAGACUGACACUGAUUCAACAAAACACUCUAAAAGUCCCCUGCCUCUCCCUCCUAGUCCUGCUGAACAGCAACAAAGCUCUCCCCAUGUGACUUCAGCACAGGAUCAGGAUAGUCCUGACCCCAUCAGUUGCACUUCCUCUAACCCUACCCACAUUUCCUCUCAUGAUCAUCUUAUGACCACAGAGUCUGAGCUGAGUCCCACACCAGGUAGUCCCAUGUCUUGUAGCCAUGUACAUUCCACUCACAGCUCUCCACACCACAGUCCGACACGGGUAGGUCUGAGUCCUGUCCACUUUCAGCCAGUGCCUGCAGAGCCACAGCACAGCCCUCCACCCCAUAGUCCUAUGCAGGACGCUCCACAGACCCAGCUAGACAGACCAUGUAGUCCUACAAACAUCACCACACAGCCUCAACUCAGUCCCCCACAGACGCCUCAUAGUCAGACGCCUCAUAGUCCUGCACAAGUCACCUCACACUCACACAGUCCUGCACAGGAAACUGAACCUACACUGGACCAGAAGAGCCCUGGAUUGAGCAGCCCUGCAAAGCUGUGUCCUGGAGCUACCCAUGACAAGUCUACACUGGACCAGGACCUCUUACCAGCCUACUGCAGGUCUACCAAGAAAGCAAGAAGACGUGCCUCACUGAGUCCCGUUUCAGCUCCAUGUAGCCCAUCACAGUCCCCGUUCAGAGCUGCACCAUGUAGUCUGUCACAGCCUGCGAGUCCAGCACAGGCGCACUCUUCACAGCCUGAUGAGCCUUCACAGCUUAGCCUUCUUCCAAGAGUUGCCAAGGAAUGCAACCAACCCAGAUCCACAGAGAUGAAGUCCUUGGAACAGAGCACCAUGCAGCUGAGUCUGAACCUCAAAGGCCAAACACUGGAAAGUAGCCCCGACCCUGAUCUGCUCACCCCUAGGAUGCAUAGCAUGGAUGCUGAACUCCCAAAUCUUAACCCUGCUCAGAUUACCACCCUCAGUCCAGAGCAGGCUAGCCCCCUUUGUGUCCCAUUCACUCCCGCACCAGAAAGCCUUGUUCACAUGAGCACUUCAACAGAACACAGUAGCCUAACAUGCUCACCUUCUCCUGAUGAGCCGGAGGAACUUCCUCCCCUAGCUAGCUGCGUUCAUCAGAGUCCUUCUUGUGACAGCCAAUCACGCUGCACAGAAGCCAACGAAGGUAGCCCGGUACAUAUCCAUCAAAGCUCAGCUACUGCUAGCCCCAGCCAUGCCAGUAAGAUGCCUACCAGCCCUGCUGACUCUUUCCAGGCCUGUUCUAGCCUCACGGGGACUAGCCCUGUCACUGCAGAGAUGAGCCCCUCAACAGCGCCGGCUGAACCUGCCCAGUCCAUCUCAGGCCAGGAGUCUGAGGAGGCUGUGGAAAGCAGUAGUCCCUUUAUUCAUUCAGAGACUUGCCCAAGUCCUCCUCAGUCCAUAGUAAACUCUGUUCCCUCUAGCCCUACUCAUACUAGCACAGUCCACGCAGAAGCUAACGUUGAUCACGAUGCCAUGGACUCGGUGGAUGUUCAAGAGAUAAGUCCCACCCAUACUGGUCAGUCAAGCCCCUCAAUGGUCCAAAGUACCUGUAGGCCUUCCCAGACCCCUCCGGUACAGCUGAGCCCCCGUCCAAGUCCAGCUAGCUUUAGUCCUUCACACUGUAGUUUGACUGAUACUAGCCCGGCUUGGAGCUCUGUUAGCCACAGUCUGGACCACAUUGGCCAGACACAAUCCUGCACUGCUGGCAUACCUGAUGUUGGCGACAUCCAUAGUCCACCUGGGUCUAGUCCUGCUGGUCAAGCUAGUCCUGUUCACAUACAUUGCACCUCUAGUAGUGCCUACUCAGGCCAAGUCCAAAGAGCAUCACCCUCAUUAGCUAACAGCAGCCCUGCACAUGCUCCUGUUGCUUGUGUUAGUCCACCUCACAGUCCACUUCAGGCCAGUGAAACGUAUCAUAGUCCUGCAGGUAGUCCCCACUAUAAUCCACCUCCUGACACUGGAACCAGCCCUGGUCUCCCUGUGGUACAGCACAGCCCUGUUCUAGCCAGUUCAGCUUUACAUGAGGACAACAUGGCCAGCUCACAAGUCCAGAGCCCCGUUCUUCCUGAUGAGGUCCAGCUGGGAUCUGGUCUGACUGAACCUCCAGACAGUAUUAGGCUGCAGAGUCCAACAUCUGCAAGUCCUCUUGUUGAGGAUUCUUGUUCUGGUAGUCCCAACCAAGCUAAUCUUUGCCAGGCUGUCCAGUCCCCAGCUAGUCCUGCCCAGGCCAUGGACAGGUCUGCAGCUGAAGCUCAACCAAGCACCGCCCUUGAAAUCCCCUGCAGUCAAAGACCGUGCACCCCUACUUCUUCCACUCAGACUAGUCUGAGCCAUGCUAGCCCUUCCCUUUCUGGUCUGGAUCAGGAUAGCACUACAAUGCCUAGCUCCAGCCUCACUGUUACCAGUCCCCCAAGCUCUGCCCUCUCACACACCAGCCCUCCUCAAACCUGCCCACCUACUUCACAAGCUAGCUCUGUGUACAGUAGCCCAGCUGGCCCCUUGGACUCAGGAGACAUACAGGCCAGCACUAGUCCUGGCCCUACAUCGUUUGAAGCAAGUUCUAGUCCAUGUAUUGCAAGUCCUGUGCUCUCAAGAGCUUAUCCUAGUCCUGGUCCCGUUAGUCCUACGCAGUGUGAGACAAGUCCAGGUCCUGUCACCUUUGUGCAGUAUGAAACCAGUCCCAAUACUGGUUCCCUUGGCCUCGUGCAGGCUGAUACUGGUCCCUCCAGACUGCAAAAAGACACUCCAACAGAGGGCGAGUCUGCAGCCACACAGGAUGUCAGCAUGUUGGAUGAGCAGGAACAGCCAGCGCAGGAGAGGAGGACUGAGGAGGAAGAGGAGGAGGGCAAUGAAGCUCCGCAGCUGCAGCAGGAGGAGCAGGAGGAGCAUCAGAUGACAAAGAGGAGUCCUGAGAGGACAGAGGUCAGAGGAGAGGAGGACAUCUGUGUGUCUGCAGGAGUCCAGCAGGAACAUCAGUCUCCUCCUCACCCCCGCGCUGCCUCCCCCGUCCUCCCACCAUCCGUUCCCUCAGCCUCACCCCCUCAGCAGCCCUCCUGCCCCCCUUCACCUUUACCUCCUCCUUCUCCCUACAGAGCUCCCUCCCCCUCCUCUCCUCACAGGACUGCCUUACUCCCCUCUUGUUCCCCCCAUACGCCACCUCCUCCCCCCUCUCCUCUGAAGGACCGCCUACUGGAGGAAGAGCUGGCCAAUCAGGGAGCAGCUGGGACAGCGAUGCUGGAGGAGGAAACUCUUCCCUGUGAUGAUGGGAGCCAAUCAGAGAGCCUGUUUGAACCCACCAAAGAGAAGCACCAAUCACACGCUGAGCGUUCAGAGGAGCAGCAGGAGGAGACGACUGAAACAUCAGAGCCAGCAGCAUCGGCUGUUAAUGAGAUGGUAGAUCAACAGCCAAUCAGAGAGCAGCAGAGUAUAGGGGAGGGGGAGAGGGUUACAGAAGAAGAGGAGCAGCGUGAGGAGGAGGAGGAGGAGGAGGUGAUGAAGGGAGCUGAUCAGGAGGAUCAAUCAGACAUAGAGGAGGAGGAUCCAGUGAGCCCUGUCCUGGAUCUGGACCCGUCUCUAGACAUGGAGGUGAUGGAGCUGAUGGCCUCCUCCUCUCCCCCCCCCUCCCUCCUCCACCUCACCUCCCCCAGCCCUCCUCCUUUCUCCCGCCGGGGUAAAGGUCGGGCCCUCAGAGCUCCUCCCAGCUCCUCCAGACCUUCAGAUGACCUCUCCAUCCGUCUGAGACAGUCUCCCUUCUCCACGGAGGCCUCACCAGAGACCUCCCCCAUCAGGACGCCCAUCACGCCGCCUCCUCUGUCCCCACCCUCACAUGCUCACCGAGCCUCCCCCCUCUCCAGGGAGUCUCCUCCUCUCUCAAAGCCCCAGGCCCCGCUCACCACAGUGCUGCCCCUCACUCCUAAAAUCGGCAUGGGGAAACCGGCCAUCUCCAAGAGGAAGUUCUCCCCGGGCAGAGCCAGGAUCAAACAGGGUUCGUGGUGGAGUAAUCGCAGGGCAGUGAGCCCCCCCUCGUCCUCCCAGGAUUCCAUGGGGGAGGGAGGGUGGGACAGCCCUAAACCCCCCCAACAGGACUUCCCUCUCUGGAGCCUGAAAGUGGGUCGAGGUUCAGGGUUUCCAGGCAGGAGGAGGUCCAGAGGAGGAGGUGGCGUCGGAGGAGGGCGUGGAGGCAGAGGAAGGAGUCGUCUGAAGACUCAGGAUAGUUUUCCUGUCUCCCCUGGAUCUGUGUACGUGGAGCCGUUCCAGCCAAAGGAGGAGGAGGAGAACUCCAUGCACAACACGGUGGUCAUGUUCUCCACCUCGGACCACUUCACCCUCAGACAGGACAUGUGUGUGGUGUGUGGAAGCUUCGGUCAGGGUGCUGAAGGCCGACUGUUGGCGUGUUCCCAGUGCGGUCAGUGUUACCAUCCCUACUGCGUCAAUGUCAAGAUCACCCGGGUCAUCCUGACCAAAGGGUGGCGCUGCCUGGAGUGUACGGUGUGUGAGGCGUGCGGCGAGGCCAGUGACCCUGGGCGGCUGUUGCUCUGUGACGACUGUGACAUCAGCUACCACACCUACUGCCUGGACCCGCCCCUUCAUACCGUACCCAAAGGAGCCUGGAAGUGCAAGUGGUGUGUGUGGUGCGUGCAGUGUGGCUCCACCUCCCCUGGGCUGCGCUGUGAUUGGCAGAGUAAUUACAGUCUGUGUGGGCCAUGUGCCAGUCUGAGCCGCUGUCCCGCCUGUCAGAGAGCGUACACGCAGGAAGACCUGAUCCUGCUGUGUCAGCAGUGUGACCGCUGGGUCCAUGCUAUGUGUCAGGGUCUGACCACUGAAGAAGACGUAGAGUCUGCUGCUGAUGAAGGCUUUGACUGCUCGCUAUGCAGAACACACGGCCGCAGCUCAUAUGGGAGGUCCGACAGCUUUGAGUCUCCAUACAUGGCUCAGAUCAUCUCCCGGAUCAGAGAACCCGACAUAAAGACGUACACUCAGGAUGGCGUGUGUCUCACAGAGUCAGGGCUCUCUCACCUUCAGUCUCUGGUUGAACCGCUGACAUCACCACGCAGGUAUCGCAGGUGUAAACCCAAACUGAAGCUGAGGAUCAUCAACCAGAACAGCGUGUCCGUCCUGCAGACGCCCCCAGACCCUGACCCCCCCACUGAGCAGGACCACAGCAGAGGUGACGCAGAAUGUGAGAUGAAAUCCGACUCCAGUCCUGAGCGAGAUCACGCCCCUUUUGAUGAAAUCACCAAGGAGCCUGAGGUUACUGACGGCAACAAGAAGAGGAAGAGGAAACCCUACAGGCCGGGUAUCGGUGGCUUCAUGGUGCGUCAGCGUGGCGGUAAAUUUGGUCCGAGCAGAAUCAAACUGUGUCGAAGAGAUUCAACGGAUACGCUGCCGGGUCAUGACGAAGAUGUUUCCAUGGAGACAGCGCCGCCUGCUGAUCAGAAAAAGAGAUACAGGAAAAAGAAGACGAAGCUUGAGGAGAUCUUCCCUUCUUACCUCCAGGAGGCAUUCUUUGGUCGGGAUCUUCUGGACCGGAGUCGUCAGGUGGAGAAGAGGCCGGUCCCUGACAUGCCAGGUGUCGGCCAAUCAGGAGCAUCCACAGGUGUCAUGAGAGGCCCCACCCCCGGAGUGCAUGGCCCCGCCCACUCUGGCUUGCCAUCUGGUUCCGUGUUGACCAACGCUGUUAAGAAGCAGGGGACACUGCCCGUGUCAGAGGAAGCUCUGGUGGAUCUGUCUGAUGUUCUCAACACUGACCCUCACAUACUGGCCACAGGACACUCAGGUCAGUUCCAGGCGGAGCGCUCCCCCUCUCCGUUUGCUGGUCUGGACAUCGGCUCCAUGGCUGACUCUCUGACAGGAAGUGGUGGGCGUGGCCAGAGGGCGGUGCAAGAGGAGCCGUUGGACGCCAUCUUGAGUCCUGAGCUUGAUAAGAUGGUCUCUGACGGUGCCAUCCUCAGCAAACUCUACAAGAUCCCAGAGCUGGAGGGGAAGGACGUCGAGGAGGUGUUCACCGCCGUUCUCAGCCCAAACGGCAGCCAAUCAGAGCAGAGCCAGCAGACGCACACUGCUGCUGGGAGCAAGAGCAACACACACCACCCAGCUGCUGUGUUUCCUCGUCUUCCUCUGAUGAACGGCCUGAUGGGAGCCGCCCCUCAUUUCACCAACGCUCCCAUGACGCACGGCGGCUCUCAGGGUCCGGCAGGUUUCAGGCUCCCCCCUCCAGAGAGCCACGGCCCCGCUACGCUCUCUGGCCCCGCCCCCAGGGCUAAUCCGACCAAUCAAGCGUACGCAGGGGAGGGGGAGCAGGAUGUGAUGUCGGCGGCUCAGAGAGGAACGCUGAAGUGGGAGAAAGAAGAAAGUCUGGGAGAGAUGGCAACGGUGGCGCCCGUCCUCUACUGUAACACCAACUUCCCCCACCUGAAGGAGCAGUACCCAGACUGGUCCAGCAGAGUGAAGCAGAUCACCAAGCUGUGGAGGAAAGCCAGCUCUCAGGACAGAGCGCCCUUCGUGCAAAAAGCCCGAGAUAACCGAGCGGCUCAGCGGAUCAAUAAGGUGCAGCUCUCCAACGACCCAAUGAAACGCCACCAGCCUGUGCAGCAGCAGCCGCCGCCGCCGUCGCUGCCUGGACCGUAUGACCCCGUUUCUAUGGAGAUGGACGGGGCGUUCAAGGACCCGCUGAGGCCCAAAGAGUCAGAGCAGGAGCAGGAGUGGAAGCUGAGACAGGGGGAGGUUAAUGACAGAUGGGGAGCCACUGUGAAGAGGCAGCAAAGUCUCCCCCAAAGCAAAGCCCUAAAAUCACCUUGUCCCUACCAGGCACCUGUAGCAGGAGGGGGCACAGAGGCUCUGCAAAUGCGUCAGAAGAGUAAGCAGCAGGCCAAGAUGGAGGCCACUCAGAAGCUGGAGCAGGUGAAGAAUGAGCAGCUCCUGCAGCAGCGUCAGCAGCAGCUGAUGGCCGGUCGCCUCUCCCCGGACGCCGGCAGCCGCAGCCCUAUGACGCCCUGCCAGCAGCCCGGGGGCAACGCCUCCCCCCUCCAGCCACCCUCCUCCAGGGAGGGUCAGCCCAGACAGCACCUCCUCCAGAGCUCAGGACUGGCUGACGACGUCUUCCUCAGACCACAGGCUCCGCCCCCCUCUGGUUUCUCCUCGCUCCCUCACUCACCUCAUGCUUCUUCCCCUCUCCAUCAGCUGCCAUCUUCCCCUCAGAUGUUCUCCCCGCCAUCCUCCCGGCCCUCCUCACCCUGGGAUCCUUACAGUAAGGUGGUAGGGACUCCUCGCCCCGCCUCCUCCCAGGCCGGCGUCCCUCCUGCCCCCCAGCAGCAGCGCCGCAACUCCCUCAGCGCCUCCCCAGCCCACGAUGCCUUUGGGUCUCCUGCUCCUUCCCCAGACUCCAAAACCCCCGACGUCUCCAGGAACCACGCACCCCAACCAGGGCUGCAGCAAAGCAGAGCAGGUAUGCUGACUCCGCCCUCUGGCUCCGCCCCCGACCUGUCAAACCGCCAUGUUGCCCUGCGGGGAGCAGAGACGUACCAGAGACCUCCUCCUACCAGCGGUACAAUGCGAACGGCGGUCCCUGAGGUCUACGGCCGAGGCGGCGAGCUGGUCCAGGGCGGGUUGUUCAAAGCCCCCAUGCCCCCCCAGCACCAGUCUGAGGGUUUUGGCAGUUCAGGAGGAAGGCGGGACUUGUCCAGGCCCACAGACCUUGGCUUCGCCCUCUCCCACUCUCAGGACCCAGCCUUUCCCCUCAGUCCGCUGUCAGGACUCAGCUCCCCUCACCGCAGCCCCUACUCCCAGACACCAGGCACCCCCAGACCGGACUACCCCCAGCAGAACCCCGACCCCUUCACCCAGCAGUCCCCUCUGAGCUCAAGGCCGUCACCUGAUCCCUACGCCAACCCUCAGACCCCCGGUACGCCACGGCCUCACUCUGACCCCGCCUACCUCACCACACCGCCAGCUCUAAGACUUGACCAGUACAACCAGCAGGCUGCUAACCGCCGCCCAUCCCCCUCCCACCCAAACCUGGACCCCUACUCCUCAAACCCAGGGACACCCCGCCCCCCUGUCAGCGAGCGCUUCCCUCGAUCUCCAGGGAAUCAGCGGAGCACCGACCCCUACGCCCAGCCUACCGGUACGCCGCGCCCCUCACCAGACCCCUACGCCCAGCAGCCCUCCACGCCCCGGCCCCAGAAGGCCCCCGAGACCUUCAGCCAGACCCCGACAGAGAACUUUACUCCUCAGCCUGCAGGGUCCCCGAUCGCUCCAGGACUGACACCAGAGACCGUGACCUUCAACACCGCGCACCACCAGUUGCAGCAAUCUCCAGGGAGACAACAUCAACAACUUCAUCAACAACAACAGGACUCAUUUCCCAGAACCCCCGGCAGCCAACCCCAGAAGCCCGCUGUGAUGUCAGAGGACUUCCCAGGAUUGGCCGGUCAGACUCCAGCUCACGACCCCUUUGAGCACGGUAACAUGACACCAGACAAGGCAGCAGCCAAUGAGAUUCCAGCGCUGGCUGCUGAUGGACCAAUGAGCUUGCUGCCUCAGCUCGGCGACUCCGAGGAGAAACUCAGACAGCGUCAGCGUCUCCGGCAGCUCAUCCUCCGGCAGCAGCAGCAGAAGAGCGCGUUACGACAGGAGAAGGGUCUGCAGGAGGCCCCUGCUCCUCCUGGCUCCUCCUCCGGUGCUGUGACUCCACGUCACUGGUCCCAGGACGACCCCUCUGCUCCUCCGGCAGACAUGUUUGGACGCCCCCCGCCCCCGUACCCCGGUACGGUGAGGCCUGCGGGACCAGGAGGGGCCCCAGCUCCCAGGUUCCCAGGAGGUUUCCCAGGGGAGCAGCAGAGGGGUUUCACCCCCACAGAGCCUCCUUUCCCCAGACAGAACCUCCCCAGGCAGCUGGGAGUCCGGGGACCAGCCCUGAGGUUCAGUGCUCCUCCAUCAGCUCCAGCAGGUCUCCAGGAGUCCUUCUUACGUCCUCCCCAGGGAGCGGUGCCUGGACCCGGGCUGGCUGUGGUGGAGGGAGUCCCUGUCCAGAUGAGGAGACCGAUGUCCGGGGAGUUCACGGGUAUCCGACCCCUCACUGCUCCCAGUGCUGCUCCUCACAUGAUGCCAGGUGUCCCCCAGCCCUUCCUCCCCCGUUCCCUCCCCCCUCAGCAGCACAGCAUCAUGGGGCAACCCUACAUCGAGCUCCGACACCGCACCCCUGAAAACCGGCUCAGGCUGCCCUUUGCUCUGCCCGUUGCCCCAGACCCCGAGGCCCCCCAGCUGCACCCGCACCCCUCUACGGUCAGACCCGCUCCUGGAGGCAGGAUGGGCGAGGGGUCGCUGGGCCAGCAGGCGGGGAUGGAGCAGCAGCUGAGCCACACGGCGGCGCUGACGCAGAGCGGAGAGACAGCAGGGGCUGAUGGGAUAGAGGAGCACCUGGAGGGGGAGGACUCGGCCGUGAAGGACCUGGAGGACGUGGAAGUGAAGGACCUGGUGGACCUGAACCUGAACCUGGACCCUGAAGACGGUAAAGAGGACCUGGAUCUGGGUCCUAACGAUCUCCACCUGGACGACGACUUCCUGCUGUCGGGGAAGUUCGACCUGAUCGCCUACGCAGACCCCGAGCUCAAUCUGGAAGACAAGAAGGACAUGUUCAACGAGGAGCUGGACCUGGGGGAGCCAGUGGAGGAGAAAGAGGGCGGAGCCAGGAAGACAGACAGCCACGCCCAGCCAGGACAGGUCAAACAGGAAGUGAAAGACAGCGUCAAGACAGAAGGCAGAGACGUCCCGUCUGUGGCGCCGCAGCCUGCAGCUCAACACGGGCUCAGCACCAACAGCAGACCGCCUCCCCCUCCAGGAGCUCCAGGAGGAUCCUCUGGCCUCCUCGACAAGGAGAAGGGGGACCAGUCGACACCUGCUGUCCAGGACCAGGCUCUGCUGUCAGGGACAAAUCCUCAGGGUCAGCCCCCGAUGGCUGGAGGUCUGCCGUCGGCCCUCCCUCAGAGACCGUUUGGCCCCUCCCCCUCGGCUCUCUUCUCCUCCCCUCCUCAGGGUCUCCCAGUACCUCCCCACCCUGGUCUGACUCCUCAGGGCCCCCCUGCAUCUCCUCACCCGCUGUCCCUCCAGCCCUCCCAGCCUCGCCUCCUCCUGAACCCCCAGCCCCAGCCCCCUCUUCCAGGUAACUCCACACAGCCCCCAAGCCAGCCCGGUUUCCUCCAGAACCAGACCCAGACCCAGGAGCAGAACAAGCAGCGUCCUCUGCUCCUGGAGGAGCAGCCGCUGCUCCUGCAGGACCUCCUGGACCAGGAGCGUCAGGAGCAGAUGCAGCAGAAACAGAUGCAGGCUCUGAUCAGACAGAGGCCCACCCCCGAGUCUGUGCCCACCAUGGACUUUGACUCCAUCUCUGACCCCAUCAUGAAGGCUAAGAUGGUGGCUCUGAAGGGAAUCAACAAGGUGAUGACUCAGGGAAGUCUGGGACUCAGCCCCAUGGUCAUCAACAGGUUCCAGCAGUCUCCAGUGGCCUCGUCACCUCCUGUGGCCCCCAAUCCAGAGGUGACCCCUCAGACUCCUCACCUGGUGGGACAGGACGGGAAGUUAAACCCCCCAAUGAUGAGACCGAACCCCCCCAGCUGUGGCCCCGGCUUCGUCAAUGAGUCUCAGCGACGGCAGUAUGAGGAGUGGUUGGGGGAGACGCAGCAGCUCCUGCAGAUGCAGCAGCGCCUCCUAGAGGACCAGAUCGCUGCCCACCGCAAGACCAAGAAAGCUCUGUCAGCCAAGCAGAGGACAGCCAAGAAGGCGGGCCGAGCGUUCGGCGAAGAGGAUGCCGCUCAGCUGAGGCACAUCACUGAACAGCAGGGGGCGGUGCAGAGACAGCUGGAGCAGAUUAAGAAACAGCAGAAGGACCACGCCGAGCUCAUCGAGGACUACCGGACCAAACAGCAGCACAGAGCUCUGACGCAACCAGGCGGACCCCCCAUCAUGCCCUCAGGAGGGCCCCCUGUCCCCCAGACCCUCCUCCCCCGGCCCAUGGUACCCAUGCAACCCCACCCUGGUGGCCCCACACCUACACGUGUCCCAAACGUCCCCCCUGGCUGGACUCCAGGGGGCGGGGCCCCAGCGCUGAUGGGGCAGAGGAUGCCACCUCAUCUGCCCCGUCAGAUGCCCCCCACCUUACCAAACACCCCACAGGCUCCACCGCACACGCAGACUCCUCCCAUGGGGCCCGGCCUCCGGCCUCCCGCGGCAGGCUUCACCACAGGCCCCCAGGGGCCCGCCGGAGCAGCAGGAGAUGGAGCCGCUGCCCCGUGUCAGGUGAAAUUUGAUGACAACAACCCGUUCAGCGAGGGUUUCCAGGAGAGAGAGAGGAGGGAGAGGCUGAGGGAGCAGCAGGAGAGGCAAAGAGUUCAGCUCAUGCAGGAGGUGGAGCGUCACAGAGCUCUGCAGCACAGACUGGAGUUGGAGCAGCAGGGGCUCCUGGGGGCCUCAGUGGGUCCUGGAGUGGCCCCGCCUCCUUCUACACCUGUCAGACAAACACCUGGAGCUGCAGGUGCUACUGUGCCAGCAGGGGGUGACGGCCUGUCCCAGAUGCCCUUCUUCAGCUCCGAGCUGCCUCAGGACUUCCUUCAGUCCCCCCCAGCCUCCAGAGCCCCCCCUCAGCACCAGGCUGGGGCCCAAUUUCCCCCCAACAGCUUCUUGGCAGGGGCCCACCCGGCUCCAGCUCCAGGUCCUGCAGAGCGGGGCCAGCCCCUGUCAGAACACGGGGCCCCCAUGGAGGGAGCCACCUCAACCAUGCAGUCCAGACCCAGACUCUCAGGGCCCCCUCACCAGGCUGGGGCGGGACCAGCAGGAAUAACGCUGUCCAAUCCUGGAGCAGGAGGUCAUCGAUUCAUUCAUGAUCCCGCCUCCUCCUCUGGAGGCCCUGCCUCCCUCCUCCAGCUCUACUCUGACAUCAUCCCGGAUGACAAACCAAAGAAGAAGAACAGAAAGAGGGACGGAGAUGAUGCCAUGGGAGGAGCCAGGACACCGCUGUCAUCACACUCUGAUGACAUCACUGCCCCGCCCACUCCAGCUGUAUCAGACACAUCCUGCUCCACACCCACUCGGGGCAGUUUGGACCAAUCAGACCCCUGCGUCUCUCUAAGCUCCUCCCUGUCCUGUUUGGCUCCAUCGUCAGAGUUAGAGAGGCAGCUGUCGGUGAUCUCCACAGCCCAGCAGAGAGGCUCUGUCCUGGGCUCAGAGUCUCAGAGAGGGCCCCUGUCAGCAGCUCGUCUGGAGGUCAAGGAAGAGCGAGAGGAGGGCGGAGCCUGUAGCGGAGGUGUGGUGAAGAUGGAGGAGGUCGGGGCUGAAGGAUUCUCCUCCCCCUCUGCAGACGGAGGAAAAGAGCUGCUUAGACAGCUGCUGAAGGAUAAGACCUCCCCCACCACCACGCCCUCACCAUCCAGCCAGGCCCCGCCCACCGCCAGCCGGCAGCUGUCCACUGACAGCAUACGGUCCGAGGGGGAGGAGAGGCCUGGUUCCCAUGGCAACAUGGUGAUGAUGGAUGGCUCAGGUGCAGAGCUUCUGGACUCCUUCGGCAGGAAGAAGGUGCAGCGGUGUAAGAGAGCAGCUCGGCCUGAGAAAGACAAAGCUCCUCCAAAAUCCAAGAGGAGGAAGAAGGAGGAGGAGGAGAAGAUGCUCCAGUCCUCCUUAAACUCCUCCUCCUCUGACUCCAUCACACACCUCACUCAGCUGUCUGUCUUGCCCCUUAUGGAGCCUGUUCUGGGGGUCGAUCUGAGUCUGUUCCCGCCCUACGGCAGCUCCUCUCUGGGCUCAGACUCACAGCUGACCGGCUCUUUUGGUAACGCCUGUUUGGACGGAGUCACCGACUACUACUCACAGCUCAUAUACAAGCAGAAUAAUCUCAGUAACCCCCCCACACCGCCCGCCUCCCUGCCUCCUACACCCCCGCCUGUGGCCAGACAGAAACUUGUGAAUGGCUUCGCCACGACAGAGGAGCUGUCCAGGAAAGACAUCACGGAGCAAGAAGUCAAAGGUGUGAAGCAGAAGGGGGAGGGGCUACUGGGUCUUAACCACGCCUCUAAAACAGUGGAUGUUCCUGCCUCCCUGCCAACCCCGCCCCACAACAACCAGGAAGAGCUGAGGGUCCAGGACUCGUCAGAGCGUGACAGUCCGGAUAGCUUUGUCCCGUCGUCGUCUCCAGAGAGUGUGGCGGACAUGGAGAUCAGCAGGUACCCCGACCUCUCCUUCAUCAAACUGGAGCCCCCCUCGCCAUGCCCUUCGCCUACAUUACCCGUCAUCCCCAGUGCCUGGGGAAAAGGCUCUGCACUGAAACAGGAAGUGAAAGCGGAGCCUAACCAUCAGGCUCCUCCCUCUUGUUCCAACACAGACUUGGUUACCAUAGCGAUAACCUUGAGCCCCUUUGCUGCCCAGAGUGUUGCCGGUGUGAUGGCGGCGAUGGCAGAGCUACUGAAGGUCCCCGUCCCCAUCGACUACCAGCUGAGCCGACCUCCAGGCCCCGGACCUGAGCGCAGCUCUCUAGCUCUGCUGGCCGGAGUCCGAGUGCCCAUGGUCCAGGGUUCACCCGGAGUCCGACAGCAGAGGCCUCCACCUGCAGCAGGCAUCAGGAUGAACUUGGUCCAACAAGGCGGCCCUGCUGGUGCAGCUUCCAGACCUCAGUGCUGUAGUUACUGCAAGGUGCUUCUGGGAAACGGAGUCCGCAUCGUCAAGGAGUUUAAACAGGAGGGUCAGACCAGACCAGGAUCCAGUUUGGUGUUCUGCAGUCCUAACUGCUCUGCCCUCUACACACCUGAGCCACAGAACAGAACACCUGGAAACAAGGUGGCGGUCCCCGUCAUGCUGCCAGGAACUGAGCACCCCCCUCCCAGCAGGGUGCAACAUCAGUACACCAGCAACAUGUCGUCCAUCACCGUCCACUCCCUCCUCCAGACACCUCGCUCACCUCCUCCAACGUCCUCCUCCUCGCCUCCGCUCUCCUUUCCGCCCGCCUCCGCCAUCACCAUGGAGAGCCGGCCCCGCAUGGACAGCCUCAAGAUGAAGGUGAAGUUAAAGCCCCGCCCUCGAGCGGUUGCAGGUGGAGACGACUCAAUGCUGCCUCGCCACAUAAAGAGGAUGAAGGGCUGCCGCUGGAGACGCUGGAGCGUUAGCAUCACCCUCAGCAGGGGUCCAUGCAUCCCCAGUGAGGCGGUCUCCAUGCCAACAGAGGAGGAAGUGGAUGUUCUGCUAGCAAAGCUGGGGGUGUGUCUUCGUCCCGAUCCGUUACCUAAAGACCAGCGGAGGUGUUGUUUCUGCAACCAGCUGGGAGAUGGACUGACAGACGGCCCCGCCCGCCUCCUUAACCUGGACCUGGACCUGUGGGUGCACCUGAACUGCGCCCUGUGGUCGUCGGAGGUGUACGAGACUCAGGCCGGCGCUCUGAUCAACGUGGAGCUCGCUCUGAGACGAGGUCUGACUCUGCGCUGCGCUCACUGCCAACGUACCGGAGCGACCAGUGGCUGCAACCGCCUCCGCUGCACCAACACGUACCACUUCACCUGUGCGCUGCAGGCUCACUGCACCUUCUUUAAGGAUAAGACCAUGCUGUGUCACCUCCAUAAACCUCGGACGGUUCCUCUGGCGGGGGACCGCUCGUCCAGCUGCUCCCCGUCCUCCACGCCGGGUCAAACGCCUGAUCCUGUGGUGAUGGCGGCCUCUGACCCCUACGAUUCCGAGCUGCGGUGCUUCGCCGUCUUUCGCCGAGUGUUUGUGCAGCGGGAUGAGGCGCGUCAAAUCGCCGCCGUGGUGCAGCGUGGCGAGCGGCAGCACACCUUCAGGGUGGGCAGCCUGCUCUUCCGCGCCGUUGGCAGGCUCCUCCCACAUCAGAUGAACACUUUCCACAACAAGACCGCCAUCUUCCCCGUUGGUUACCAUGCCAACAGAUUCUACUGGAGCAUGCGCCACAGCAACAGACGCUGUAAGUACAUGUGUUACAUCGAGGAGCAGGAUGGCGAGCCGCUCUUUAAGGUGAAGGUGGUGGAGAAAGGCUACGACGACGUCAUCCUGACUGGAGCCUCUCCUAAAGCCGUGUGGGAUCAGGUCCUGGAGCCCGUGGCUCAGAUGAGGGCAACCAGCGGGACCCUGAAGCUCUUCCCGGUGUACCUGAAAGGAGAAGAUCUGUUUGGUUUGACCACGUCAGCAGUGACCCGCAUCAUCGAGUCUUUGCCUCAUGUGGAGACUUGUGAGCGGUACACCUUCCGUUACGGGAGGAACCCCCUGAUGGAGUGGCCUCUGGCCUUCAACCCAUCCGGCUCUGCCCGCUCUGAGCCCAAAGCGUGCCAGACCAAGAGACCGAACCUGCUGAACAGCAUUGCUCCCAGGUGUCAGGGCACUGUGGGCUCCAUCGUCGGCCUCGUUCCCGGCGUCCUCUCUCUCUCCCCGGGCGAGUCGGUGGCCGGUGCUCACCAGGGACGCCACUCCAAGUCAUCGCAGUACCGCCGCAUGAAGGCCGAGUGGAAGAGCAACGUGUACCUGGCUCGCUCCCGCAUCCAGGGUCUGGGUCUGUACGCUGCCAGAGACAUCGAGAAGUGUACCAUGGUCAUCGAGUACAUCGGCACCAUCAUCAGGAGCGAAGUCGCCAAUCGUAAGGAGCGUCUGUACGAGUCCCAGAACCGGGGCGUGUACAUGUUCCGGAUCGACAACGACUAUGUGAUCGACGCCACCAUCACCGGAGGACCGGCCAGAUACAUCAACCACUCGUGUGCUCCGAACUGCAUCACUGAGGUGGUGACAGUGGAGAAGGAGAACAAGAUCAUCAUCAGCUCCUGCCGACGCAUCCAGAGAGGAGAAGAGCUGUCCUAUGAUUAUAAGUUUGACCUGGAGGACGAUCAACACAAGAUCCCGUGUCACUGUGGUGCCGUUAACUGCCGGAAAUGGAUGAACUGAACACACACUUACACACACACUUAACACAGGCAGCUCUCUCUCUCUGCUGAAGCUGGAUGUCGCUCGCCCACCUCUCUGUGGGCGGAGCUUGUCUUCAUAUCAGAGAUCAAUAUAAUAAUAAUAUUAUUAAUAAAGAAGCUGAUCGGUUCGAUCGGCGAUAAUAAUGAGGAAGGGGAGGGUUUGAUUGACAGGGGGGUUAUAUAUUAUUAAAGGGGGCGGGGCUUCUGACGAGGCUGGACCUCGCCGUGUACAGAUGUAAAUGUGAAAACGCCACUGAAUUAAGCGAAUGUUGUUGUCCUCGAGGAGCUUUAUGAACUUGCACUAAAAAACAGAAAAACAAUAAAAAUGUUGAGUCAAACUCCCGCCCCGCCCUCCUCGCCCUCCUGCGUUUGUUAAUUUCCUGUAAAAAAGAGAUUUUCCUUUUUGUAUUUAUUACUGAAUGAAGCUAUUUUCUAAAUCCACGGUGCGUUCAGGUGUGGAGUGGCAGCGUGUAAAUAUGUGUAUGAUAAAUGUAAAACUUUAGAGAUCACUCCACCGAGAGCUACCUUAACAUCCUCACCUUCAUCAGCCGCCAUAGCGGCGGCAUUCUGUCUUUCUGUUUCUCGUCCCACGCUCUCAGUGGAUGGACUGAACGUGCCCAGAGCGUGGGGCGGGCUUCACUGCGGCCUUGAUGAGUUCAGUGUCUUUGUGUUUGGCUGCAGCGUCUGUUUCGUACAUACGAGUUUCUCACCGAGUCGUGCUGCCGUGUACAUACGAGGUUUACUGAGGACGACAUGAAGCCUUCUUUUGUUUUUUAUUCAUGGACGUAAACAGUGUGAUGAAGAUGAAGAUGUGUUUUUUGUUUGUUUUGGGGAAAAAUGUGGAAUCUGAUUUAGAAUCAUUUACAGAAAAUAAAAUAUUUUACAUCU